AUGGACUGGUUCCAUUGUAACAAGUGCUUCACAAAAAGAGGAUCAACGUUUUCCCUGACCAGCUGUGGCCACAUCUGCUGCGAAGCAUGCAUUAAAUCCAAACAGUGCAGUGUAUGUGGGGCUAACUGCAGUUACCUGGCCAUCACUGAUAAGAUGAAGCCAGAGGAAAAGGUGUUUUUCAAGGACCCUGUGAAGCUUAUUCAGUCAAGGCUGGCACACUUGUCCCAGAUUGCAAUUUUUCAGCAGAAACAAAUGGAAAGAGUCAUUGCCCAUUUAAAAAAUAAAGCUUCCGAAUUGGAGCAGCGUCUGAGGGAAGUCACUGAGCAGAGUUACAGGUGACUUCAAGAUCAGAUAUCAUGGCAAAUCUCAGAGCUGAAAAAGGAGAAUACCGAGUUAAAGAAGCAACUGACAGAGCUGAAACGGGAGGCAAUUGAAUUAAAAAAGCCACUCUCUCAGAGGAGAACAAGUGUUUGUCCAGUCCAGUUUCAGAGUAAUGGAAGUCAGAGGGUGUCGCUCCCUGUGGCUGUUGCAUCUCCAGUUACCCCUCAUUCAAGGACUACAAGUCAUCCAGGCUCAGCCGAGUCCCAGAGGUGGGCCAGAGGUCUCAGUCGCUCUCUCACUACUACUGGAUCAAUGGCCUCCAUUUCCAGCCACAGUUCUCUUCAUGUACUCAGAACGCCUUCAUCCUUCAGCACUCCUACAAGAACUCCUGUUUUCCAGUUCCCCUUCAUGAACGCCAUCUCAAUACAGUCACCCAGACAAUGA